AUGGCCGACCGCCGCAAAUCUUCAAUCCUCUUCCUCUUCCUCUUCCUUUCUCUUCUGAUCCUCUCUCCACUGGCCUCGGCCUUUGGCAGAAAAGUCGGGGGCCGAAGACCGGUCGAAAACGUGGAGGCGAACAAGGAGGUACAAGACCUGGGCAAGUACUGCGUCCGAGAGUACAACCAUCAACAGCAGGCGAAAGGCAACGGCAGCGCGUCCAAGCUGCUCGUGUUUUCCCGGGUGGUCGAGGCCGAGACUCAGGUGGUUUCUGGGAUCAAAUACUAUCUCAAGAUCUCGGCUGCACCGGCACACGGAGGAACAUUGCCCCAGACUUUCGAGGCGAUUGUGGUUGUGAGGCCGUGGCUGGGUAUUAAGAAGUUGCUCGGGUUUAAGCCUUUGUCGCCUACCAAAAGCACCAAGUAG